AUGAGCAAGCACUACAACUGUACAACGUCAACAAUCUGCACCAUCUUAAAGCAGAAGGAGUCCCUAAAGAAAAUUAAGCCAGCCAAAGGUGUCAAGAUUAUUUCAAAGCGCCAUACAGCUGUGCAUGAGAUGAUGGAGAAUCUGCUGACGGAAAAACAACUUGCCGGAGAUAGCGUCACCGAGGGAAUAAUCUGCAAGAAGGCGCGCAGUAUUUUUUCAGAUUUACAACAGCAAACCCCAGGCACUUCAACGGAGGAGGAAUCCUUUGAAGCCAGUCGGGGCUGGUUUGAUAAUUUUAAGAAAAGGACGGGGAUUCACUCCAUUGAUAGGCAUGGUGAGGCAGCAAGUGCUGAUGUAAAGGCAGCAGAAGAGUUCAUGAAAACUUUCGCAGAAUUCGUCGAGGCAGAAGGAUACAUCCUCCAGCAAAUCUUCAACUGCGAUGAGACAGGGCUCUUCUGGAAGAAGAUGCCGAGGAGAACAUACAUCACCGAAGAGGAGAUGAUGAUGCCAGGACACAAACCUAUGAAGGAUAGAUUGACCCUCGCCCUGUGUGCAAAUGCGAGUAGCGACUGCAAAAUAAAGCCGCUACUCGACAACAACCUGCCCCUGGGAGCCCUUCUCGUCCUCGACAAUGCUCCUGCACAUCCACCACAGAUCGAGGAAGAAAUACUUGACGAGUAUAAUUUUGUGAAGGUUCUCUACCUUCCUCCAAACACCACCUCUAUCCUCCAGCCAAUGGACCAACAGGUAAUAUCAAAUUUUAAGAAACUCUACACCAAGCACCUGUUUCGCCGUUGCUUUGAGGUGACGGAGAACACAAACCUCACCCUUCGAGAGUUUUGGAAAGACCAUUUUAACAUAGCAAUAGGCCUCAAAAUCAUCGAUAUUGCCUGGCAGGGGGUUACAAUAAGGACCUUGACCUCUGCUUGGAAGAAGCUGUGGCCUGAAAAUGUGGCUGAAAGAGAUUUCGAAGGGUUUGAGAUUGAGGAAGAGGAGGAGCCUGUGGAGGAAGAGAUCGUGUCCAUUGGCAAGACUAUAGGUCUGGAGGUGGAUGAAAGAAACAUCGAGGAACUCGUUGAGGAGCACUCCAAGGAACUUAUGACUGACGAGUUAAAGGAGUUACAAGAGCAACGGCACACAGAAGCAUUAACUGAAGCUACUUCGGAGGGAGAGGAGACAGAGCCGGAGAUUAUCAGUACAAAAGAACUCAAGGAUAUUUUGGCAAUGUGGGAGAGGGUGGCAGGUUUUGUUGAAAAGAACCAUCCUGAAAAAAUUGCAACGAGUCGUGCGACAGAACUUUUCAACGACACGUGCCUACGUCGUUUCAGAAACAUUCUCAAAGGGAGAAUGAAACAGACUUCCUUAGACAUGUUUCUUAAGAAAAGGCCUUCAGCUCAAAGUGAGCAAAGUGUGGCAAAAAGGCCAAGAAUUAGUGAAAGUGAAGAGAGUGAGCUAAUGGACAGAACUGAGCUUGAUAAGGCUAAUGAUGUGUGUGUUUCAAUAUGGGAAGAGUAUGUUGAAAUUAUUGGAAAGCAUGAUGAAAUUCCUGCCGGAUUUGAAAUGGUGGAAAGGUUCGAGUUCUAUGAGAGGUCCAAGAAAGUCUAUGCCAUCAUUCAUACUGGAGAAACUGCUGCCUAUGCCAACAUUCUGCUGAAGCGUGGUGUUUGCUAG